AUGACGAGGUACGUAGGCAAGUGGUCGAAGCUACAGCUGCUUUACACAUCCAGAUUCUCAGCCACAGGCCGUGCAAAGUCCGGCCGACAACAAGGUGUGGAAACGUUCUCGACUAGUCAAGGCAAGUUGACCUUGCAAGAAGAUGAUGCUUUGAGUUUUCGGUAUAUCUAUCUAUCGCUUUGCUGCCUUUUCGAUUGGACUUUCAGUGGCUCUGCACAUUCGGAGGAGGCAUCGCCAAGGCAGCUAUGCAUGCUGACUCGUUCUGGGCGAACAGUUUUCGGCGUGGGCCGGACUUUGACUCUGAUCGAUGUCGGAGUUGUCAAGCCACGUCUCGCCCCAAACAUUGUCGGGCAAGUCCUACAUGGAACUGGGAGCAAUCCGUUUUGGCCACACGUGUGA